CCUAAACAUUAUAUCUCAUUUCCAACAUUGUGAACUUUCUCCGAUUCAACCCACAUCACGAGAAGACACAUGGGGUGUUAAUAAUUAACCCGGGGAGACAUGUUCAUGGAAAGGAAAACUCUUACUUGAAACUGAAACUGUAAAGCGGAGACUACGCACACGCCACCGUCUCUCCAGCAGGCGUGAUCUCCAUCGCACGGAGAAUUUUCCGUCAGUUUACUAUUUAUGAAAGUCUAAGUUUAGGAUUCAUUUUUUUAUUUAUAGCUCAGUUACGAUUAAACCUGCUAUGCUUGUCACAUUGAAGGGUAAAGUGCUUCCUGCGCUGAAACAUGUUCCGGUACUGACUGGUCUCAGAAACGCCCGAAAACCCUCGGGGCAGAAUGUGCACAUCCGCGCGUGUUACGCGACUUCUGCAACUUUUCAGUUACUUGAAAACUGUCUCGAGCUCAACUAUAAAGGGACGCCGAUGCAUUUUAACUACGUGUGGCUGCGGGAUCACUGCCGCUCUGCAUCCUCUUACGACUCCUCAACGAACCAGAGGAACCUAGACACUGGGAGCAUAGACCUCGCAAUCCGUCCUGACAGUACCACAGUGGAAGACGGGCAUCUCGUCCUCACGUGGCCUGAUGGACAUGUAACAAAGUACAGCCUCAGCUGGCUGGCUGACAACGCAUAUGAAGGAAAGAAGCAGGGCACCGUGCAGCCACGUAUCCUCUGGAACUCCGAGAUCUAUAAAAAAGUGAACGUACCGUCAGCCAAAUGGGACACGUUUAUGAGCUGCGACAACGAGCUGAAGAAGUUUCUUCAGAACUACCUUCUGUAUGGGUUCGCUUUUGUGGACGAUGUCCCAGCCACAGUGGAAGCCACAGAGGCAGUUACCCAGAGGGUCAGUCUUAUCAGGGAGACUACGUAUGGAAAAAUGUGGUGCUUUACCUCAGAUUUUUCCCGAGGAGACAGCGCCUAUAGCCAGGUGGCCCUGGAUCGCCAUACUGACACCUCAUACUUUCAUGAACCAUGUGGAAUCCAGGUUUUCCACUGUCUGAAGCAUGAAGGAACUGGCGGAAGGACGUUACUCGUUGAUGGGUUCUACGGUGCAGAAAAAGUACGGCAAAAAUCCCCAGAAAACUUCGAUCUGCUCACUCGUGUGCCCAUCAGACACGAUUACAUCGAGAAUACCAGCGGCCACCAAAACCACAUGAUAGGCUUCGGCCCUUUAAUCAACGUCUACCCCUGGAACAAUGAAGUUUACCAGAUAAGAUAUAACAACUACGACCGAACGGUGAUAAACACAAUCCCCCAUGACACUGUUCAGCGGUGGUAUGUCGCACAUCGAGAUCUGACCACAGAGCUGAGGCGGCCAGAGAAUGAGCUCUGGGUGAAACUGAACCCAGGCAGAGUCAUUUUCAUAGACAACUGGCGUGUCUUGCAUGGCCGGGAGUCGUUCACCGGCCUGCGGCAGCUCUGUGGAUGCUACAUGACCAGAGACGACGUCCUCAGCAUGGCACGCCGCUUUGGCCUGCAGGCCUAGUCCCAACCGUGCAUCUCCCCCUCACUUCUGUGCCUUGUCAGUCUGCCCAUUAGCUCUGCAAGCUAACGGCUAUUUUGGUGGUCAAGUCAACUAUCAGUUGUUAAAAGGAACAAAUAUCCAUCCCAGUUAUGGAGUGCAGACGUACACUGUUUCUCCAUCAGCUUUUCAAAAUAGCUUAAGGUGGUGUUGGCAACAUGUUUGCUAUUACAAAUUUGAAAAAGAAAGUUCCAAUCCUAUCAAAAUUAACAUAAAUGGAUCAAUCCAUAUAUUUGAAAUAAAUGAACUUGAGGAUAGAGGAGCACAUUUCACUGCUGCUCUCUGCUGUGGUCUGUACUCUCCUGAGGGCCCAGCCGAGGUGAUGAAGUGGAUGUAGCAGAAAGGCAGUAAAAAGAUCUUGACAGCUUUGACAGUGUGGUGGAAAUGCCCCACGUUUUAACUCUAUCAGUUGAAAGGGUUUAUUUUUUUUCACCGUUUGAAUGUUCGGGUCCUCUUGGAUGUCCUCAUCCUCACUGAGACCCUUAUCCUGAGACUCUGAUGCCUCUUGCUGCGUCUUGGUGUGCUGUCCUCAUUCUAUAGCCUUCACUUAAUUGAAUGUGCACUGAGAGUUCCUCCUCUGCAGUUUGUAGAAGCAAGUACUUCUACAAACUACAGCUUUAUACUUUAAUAAUGUACUUUGAAAGGUUGUGAUUUUGGUCUCAACAUUUUGUUAAAUUUGUAUCUAGACUGGUUGAAUGUCUCCUGACUAGCAUUUGCAACAAUUAAAUGUAUGAAUCGUCAAA